AAGACCAGAUAACCAAGUGUAGUUUGUUUACGUUGUGGAUAUGGUGUAUUUAAUUUUGUAAAACAUGUGCAUGGAGAGUUCAUAAACAACAUGCUCAAACUAGAUGAACUGAUCUGUGCAGGAAAGGAUGAAGAAGGAAAUCCCUGCAAACGACAGCUUGCAAAAGAUAUGAAGUUUUGUCCAGAAUGUGGUACACUAGUCAAAAAACCAGUUGCAGGUGACCAGAGUGUAUCUAGAGAGAGUCCACAGCUACCAGAACAGUCUACUGAAGACUUGCAGGCAAAUGAUUCAAGUGACGAUGAAGACAAUGGUCAGGGGGGUGCCGGUGACCAUAACAGUACAGGGUCAGGUUCAGUUGUAACUUUAGAACAGACUCAAUAUGCCAGAUGUAGAUUUGUAGUAGAUGAUGUGUUGACUAAAAUAAUGAGAGAGUAUAUGGAACAGUCUGCAUUACCUCGCGCAAUUAUAGAACAGACCAUUAUGAAAUACAAAACUUUCAAGAAUCGCCUUUCUCAAGAAGAAAUGUCCAUUAUACAGACUUUGCAGACAGAUGGAUUCAAACACUUUGAGAUAAGUUUAAUGUACAAAAUAGCAAGAAAUAGACACUUUUCAAUGUUGAUUCCUGACAAACCAACAAGAGAUUGGGGAUCUGACCCUCAACCUAAUGAAUCAACAAUUGGAGACAAUAUGGAACGUAUACGAAUGUGUAGAAAUAAAACCUCACACAAGGCCUAUCCAUCAUUACAAGAAAAAGAGUUGAAUAACUUGUUUACCACCUUUAUAGACAUUGCAAAAAGAGCCAAAGAACACCUGAAAACUGAAAACUUUGAAGACAGUAUCUUACAUUACAAAACCUGCUCUCUAGAUAAAGAUAUGGAAGAAAAGUUAAAAAAGUAUAUACAGCAAAUGAAAAGCUUAAAAAAACUGUUAGACACUGUGCUGAAAACCAACUUGCGUCUUAAAGUUUACAUAGACCAGUUAUCUCAGGCUAAUGUUGAAGACAUACGCCAUAAAGGUACAGCUGAAGGAGUGAUGAAGUCUACCAUAACAGUUACUGGGAUAGAAAAUGCACAAGAGAAAGCAGAGUUAUUAAAUUUACGUAAAAGUGAAUUAGCAACUGAAUCAAUUGUAUUCAACUAUGCAGAUGAGGGUAGUCUUCUGAUAUAUCUGGACAUUACUACCAGUUUGUUCCAAGACCAGAAUUUACUGUGCAGACAGAUAAAACAGUUUAUGCAGCUUGUGUUUGAAGUUUCUGGUCUACAAUGCUCAACUGGAGAAUGCAAUGCUUUCCUUUCUAUACUGGAAGAGAAUUAUGACACAGCAUCAGAAGGAGAUAACUCUAGUUUUGAUGAAUCAUGCAGUAGCACCAACAAUCUUGUCUUACAUGUUGAAGUAAAGGAAGAAGCAAUGAUGACUGAUGAGCUACUUUCACAAAAUGUCCAUGAUUUUCUGGGAAAUGUUGUAACAAAAAUGAACGGUACACCAAUCACUCAAGGAGAAGAAAUUACAGCUAUUAUAGGAGUUGAGGAAACAGGUGAAAAUAAAGUGGAAUCAAUUCAACACUCAGAUAGCUUUAAAGAAGAUAAACUUGAUGGAGAUAUAAAAAAGAAUGAAAAUUUUGAAACACGUAAACAAUACAGAGAUGAUGUAACUAGAAAAUUUUCAAAUGAAAAAGAAGUAAAAGAAGAGGGAGAGACAAACUCUGCAACAGAUUGUUCUGACAGUGAGUUGUCUAGCAGUGGUACUGAAAACAUUCCUAUUGGUCAACACAAAAGGAAGCAGUAUAAAGAUGGACAUCAGAAAAAGAAAAUGAAAGUAACAGAUAGAGGAGAAUCUUCUGUCAUCAAAGAAGAAACGAGUGAUGACAGGAAGAGAAAACAGAGCAUGAUUGGAAAAGGAAAAAAAAAAGUCAAAGUUGAAGAUGAAGGAGGAUCAUCUGUAGAUCCACAAACAUCAGGUGAUAGCAGUACUCAGAUAGGACACAUGGAAACUGUAUUUGGAACAACAAAGGAUGAAGUGAAUAUCCAGGAAAAAUAUGAAGAACCACAAGCUGGACCUAGUACUAGCAGAUUUGAAGAUUCUUUUAUUUUUAGGAACAUAGGUAAAAACACAAAUGAGAACAGUUCAGGAGGUGAAUCAAGUGUGCCAAUAAAAGAAGCAAAGGAAUCUGAGACUAAGCAGAAAAAGAAGGGUCAAGCUGAGAAAGAAAAGACUGUUACAUUUAAAAAAGAGGGGAAACAGGAUAAAGACACUUCAGAGGAUGACAGUUCUGAUAAUAAUGAUUCUGACAGUAGAAAAUCUUGGAAAGAUAACAUAGAAAAGGAAGAAGAAUCAGCAGGGAAGAAGAAGAAAAGAAAAAAUAGAAAAAAGAAAGGCUCUAGUAAAGGUGAUACAGACACUAAAACAAAACCUGAAACAAAAACGGACAAACCUGAUAAAAUGGAUGGAACAAGAUUGACUACAGCAGGAAAUGGUUCUGGUAAUGCAGAUAAAACACAAGGAAGAAGACAAAUUUCCAGUACUUCUAUUGAAGUGUGUUUCAAUGCUGUGAUCUCACCGACAAUACUUUCUAAUCCAGAAACAGACGCUGUCGUUGUGGUGUUUCCAGAAAAUGGCAACAGAGAAUUUAAGCUGAAACUGGACAGGUUUAUGACAGAUGGAUAUAUAGUUGGCUCUGUGACUGUACCUAUAGCAAAGGACUUAGUUUCAGGAAAUUAUAGACCAUUACACUAUAACUAUAAGGUUUAUCAUGGAGAAGCAAGAAACAAAGCAACUGUGGAAUAUUUUCAUAAAUCAGGUGGAAAAGACGGAUACAUGAGACAAGUAUUAAUACCAUCUAAAUAUUUAUCACAAGGUAAAUUUUAA